AAAAAACUAAAGAAAAAGAAUAUAUAUUAGGUUUUAUUUAUAAGGACUUGAUAGAGUUUUCUCUGAGUUAGGAUUCAUCGAGUGUUCAGUGUUUAGGGUUUUUUUGAGGUUAAAAUCAAUGGCGGAGGAGAGAAUCUCGGGUGUGGUGCAAUGGUUCAACAGUGGCAAAGGCUUCGGUUUCAUCAAACCUGAUGACGGCAGCGAAGAUCUCUUUGUUCAUCAAUCAUCCAUCAGAUCUGAUGGAUUCCGCACCCUUGCCGAAGGCGAUCGUGUCGAAUUCACCAUCGCCACCGGCGACAAUGAAAAAACCAAGGCUGUUGAUGUCACCGGUCCUAACGGCGCUCCUCUGCAGUCCAGGCAGGACUCUUAUGGCGGUGGAGGUGGCGGCCGUGGAUUCGGUGGUGGAUUUAGGGGUGCUGAGAGACGUAACGGCGGCGGCGGCGGCGGCGCUGGCUGUUACAACUGUGGUGACACUGGUCACAUCGCUAGAGAGUGUAACCGGAGCAAUAAUUCCGGUGGAGGUGGAGGUGGAGGCGCUGCUGGUGCCGGCUGUUACAAUUGCGGUGACACUGGUCACAUCGCUAGGGAUUGCAACCGGAUCAAUAAUUCCGGUGGUGGUGGAGGAGGUGCUUGUUAUACCUGCGGCUCUUUUGGUCAUAUAGCUAGGGAUUGCACUCGCGGAGGCAAUAUUGGAGGUGGAUUUGACCGCAGCAGUGGAGGCGCCACUUCUUGCUACAGAUGUGGUGGAAUCGGGCACAUUGCAAGAGACUGCGCCACUCCCAGCGACCGAAGUGGCGGAGGUGGUGGAUGCUAUAAGUGCGGUGAAGUUGGUCACAUAGCCAGGGAUUGCAACAUUGAAGGUGGCAGGUUCGAUGGUGGCAACGGUGGUGGAAGAUUUGGUGGUGGCAACAAUGGAAGGUUUGGUGGUGGCAAUGGAGGAACCAACACAUGCUUCAAUUGUGGGAAGCCAGGUCAUUUUGCUAGGGAGUGCGUUGAGGCUUCUGUUUGAAGGAAAAAGGUGGAAUAGUACAUAUUCUCUUUUUUGCACAUUUAACAGUUUUUAACUGAUUAGUAUUUCUUUUAUAUAUUCUUAUAAUUUUGGGAAGCAAGUUUGUUUCUAUACAUAGGAUGCUAUGACGAUUAUUAUGGUUUUGGUUCUGUGUUUUUGACUUUGGUUCAUUGCCAAUUGGGGCUUCUUUUGUGGUUGGUUUAUAUAUCUGAUAAUGCUUAUUAGACCUUAUUUAUGAUUGAUUAA